UUGUUUUUUCUAUUCAACUUGACUGACUCCGCUUAUGACAAACAAAAGCAGAACCGAACACCUUUGACUUGCAGACGGGGAUCUAGCAGACCAACGACCAUAGUUUUCAACAAAUGUACUGCUCUAUGAACGAAAUCCUUGUGUUAAUUACUGUGGCAGUAAACCAUGGGGAAAGAGUCCAAAUCAUGGCUGAUCAACAUUGUUUUCGGUUUCCGUGGCGCACAGUCCAGCUGCGCUUAUGAUUUAGAAAUUUCUUUUUGGUAGUUUUUGUAUCUUAUAUAUUCUGCGCACUGUGAAAUAACACGAUAAUGGAUAAUUCCACCCUGCUAGAGAUUUCCGGGUCUGCAGAUGACGAACCGGAAGUGGAUCUGGACACGCAUUCGCUGCAGUAUGGCGGCCAUCCCAGACCUCGGACGGUCCUAUUCGUCUUCGUGACAAUUUGCAUAGGCAUUACGAUGCAAGUGCUGCAGCCAAGAAUUCCCAUACCUUAUACAGUUGUUAUUUUACUAAUUGGAAUCUUUUACGGAGUGCUUUCAACAUUUGUUCAUAAGCCUUUAGCGGAGUACACAGAAAUCGUUUAUUUGGAUCCUCACUGGAUACUGCAAAUUUUUCUUCCGGUUUUAUUGUUCGAGUCCGCUUUUACAUUGGACUUUCGAAUCUUCAGAAAAUUAAUGGGACAAAUUCUCAUUUUAGCUACUGGAGGUCUAGCUGUUGCUACCUGUUUGACAGCUGUAGUCGCUAAAUUUACACUUGGAACCGACUGGACAUGGCUAUCGUGUUGUAUGUUCGGAGCGCUGAUUUCCGCUACUGAUCCUGUGGCAGUGGUGGCCUUGUUAAAAAAUGUUGGAACAACACCAGAACUGAGUGUUGUCCUGGAAGGCGAAUCACUUCUGAAUGAUGGAACUGCAAUAAUUUUAUUUAACGUAUUCCUAGCGCUCAGCAUUCCUCAAGACGAUUUCAGCGGCGAGUGGUUAGCAAUAAAUUCCGUGUUGAUGGUGGCGGGCGGUCCUUUGUUUGGUUUUAUAUGCGGAAAAAUCGCGACAUUUUGUAUAUCCAGCAUCUCCAAUGAUGCCAUUCUGGAGACAUCCAUUACGUUGGCUGCCGCAUACCUGACAUACUACAUCAGCGAGGUUCUUAACAUUUCUGGGGUGCUGGCGGUGGUCGUGCUGGGACUACUAAUGAACUACGAAGGAACUGUUAUCAGUCCGGAAGUUGAACCUUUAGUGCAUGAAUUCUGGAAUACGGUGACUUAUCUAGCAAACACAUUGAUAUUCGCUAUAGUCGGAAUCACGAUCUCCGAACGCGGAUUGUCGUAUUUCACCGGCAUGGACUGCUUGAAUUUAUCCAUAUUGUACAUUUCCGUCGUUGUCAUCCGUGUAAUCAGUAUCGGUGUAUUUGUGCCAUUAAUUCGCUAUAUCCAGCCGUCAAAACGAUACGAAUGGAAAUCAGUGUUGGUGAUGUCAUGGGGAGGAUUACGCGGCGCAGUCAGUCUUGCGCUGGCUAUUUCCGUUAAUCUGGAUCAACGCAUCGAUCAACAUGUAAUAGGUUCCAAGGUCCUAAUCCACACAAUUGGAAUCGUUCUGCUGACCUUGUGCAUUAAUGGAACCACCACCGCGAAACUGUUGCAGUUAUUGGGGAUGGAUCGCGUCUCGGAAAGUAGAUUAUACUCGGUGGAUAAUGCUAUUAAUCACAUCCUGGGUGUUCGAGCUAACGAAAUUGCAGUUCUUAAACAUGAUCAUUUUCUUGCGGAUACGAACUGGGAAGACGUGAUCAGCAGCACUAACUUACCGAAUCCAUAUCGGAAGAAUAAAAGGAAAAAGCGGCACCGCAAAGGACCCCAGUCUCCAACACCAACCGUACCAACAUGUACAGAAGUCCCUUCGUCUACCCAUACAUGUAGUUCGGUGAUUAGCACCAUAAUCCCAUCGGAACAGGAUUUUCAGUUCACUCGUACCGUAUGGCUGACAUUGCUGAAAAGAAGCUUUUGGGAGCAAUUUGAAAGCGGUCUAAUAUCUCGCCAUGCCUUUCGCUUCCUGGCAGGAUGCGUGGACAGUGUACUGGUCGAUCCGAGCAGCAGUACAAUCAGCGCUGAUUUGAUUACCGCACGGUGGCGAAUCGGCCAUAAACUAAACUACUGCCAAAAAAUCCUUCACAAAUUGACUGGACAUGUACCCACAGCAUCGGAGCCGGAACAGUCUGCGGAUGCUAAAUGUCCCCGGAAAGCGUACCGACAUCUCGCCAGAUCGGUCGUCCAUACGUACUGGUUUACCUCGCUUUUAUACGUUACCAUAACCAUUCAUGUGACAGCGGCCAUUGUUAAUUUGGCUCUUAACUGGCACGGACAUCAUCUGAAUGAAGACUUCUUUCAUGAAAAUAUUUAUUUUGUUGUGGCCAAUGGAUUUUUUUGUCUUAUUUAUAUUAUGGAAAUUGCUUUAAACAUUUGCGCAUUCGGAUUCCUCAUCUUCUGUAGCAGAUUGUGGAAUAAAUUAGAGAUUCUCAUAGUGUCCAUUUUACUAGUGGAUUUGUGUUUGGAUAUUUACGUACUGGCCUACGGGGAUGGCGGUACUCCAAUACACAAAGCGAUGUUGCGGUUUUUUGAUGUUUUAAGCCUUUUGAGGGUGCUUCGCGGAAUUCGGCUACUUAAGGUUAUUUUCCCUAUGAUUGGAAAGAUAAUGGAUGGCUUGGUUACGCACCGCUUGAUGCAUGGCUUCGAUAUUGGCAAAGCCUUCAUCAUUGGCCAAGGAGAAGCCACGCGAAUGGCAAGGAAUAUCAUUCGCAACGACGAUGCAUUGUCGCACUUACAGGAAUCAGCAGAAGAAGCCGAAAAGGAAGUUUGGAGAGACCUUGGGAUUCUUUUGGCGGAAAGACCGGACAUUGCAAAGGCAGCGAAAAAGCGUUAUGUUCUGCGUAAAGUUCUGCAUAGUAUGCGAGCAGAUGUAAAAGAUCUGCGGUCCAAAGGCCUUCUUGACGACAAAACAGCGCUGAUUUUCCGAAAUACCCUUGAAGUUAAGAUGGACAAAGCCUCGCAUGUACCGUAUCGAGCCACAAACGCGGAUGACCUUUUGAAACAGGUUGACUGGAUUCAGAGCGAGCCUUUAAUUCGGGCAUUUUUGUUGGUGCGAUCGACUAUUUCAAAAUUUUCCAAGCGGCAAAAAAUUCUGUUAGCCGGCCAGGAACCUUUUGGCGUUAUUGUGAUAGUUUCUGGAAUAAUAAAGUCCAUUUUGGUUCGUACCCUCAGUCCAUCUCAAAAAAUGAUCGAAGAGGAGGAAUCGCUAACGUCUGGAUGCGUCAUAGGCGAUUAUCAAAUUCUAUCCGGUAAAAGGUCAUCCACAACAUUCCUCUGCCAAACUAACGUUCAGGCUAUUACAAUUCCGAAAGGCGUCAUGGAGCUCGCUAUUGUAGAAUUUCCUUGCCUUCGCCAGAGUAUGUGGAACGUUUGGGGAUUUCGCCUGGUUUUGCAUUUAUUAUUAGAUCAACCAACAUUCCAGCAUUAUUCAAUUGACCAACUGAGACGAAAAGUUGCCAAAGGUCACGCAGUGCUAGUCGACAAGGAGGUUUGUCGACUCCAACCCAGUUGGGAAUUAAUUGUUUUAGUGCAUGGUAAAUGUACUGGAUUUCCUCAACAAAUUACACUGGAAGGUCCAAAAAUAGUGUCAAACCGGUUCGAAUCGCUUCACUUCGCCAACUCACAAUUCAAACAUUCUGACUGGAGUUCUCAACCGGUUAUCUUCGUCAUCAAACAAGAAUAUGUCAAUGAACAACGAGAACCAGAUACAGAUACUUCGUAUCCCGUCAUCAACAUUCCAGAGUCCCAAGAACGGUUAUUUUUGUAACAAAAUAGUAAACAUUUUUUAAACAAUACUGCGAGAAUAAUAUUCUGCGAUGUCGGAAAUUCUGCGUAGUUUAAAGGCCGUGGAGGGAAUAA